AUUUUAUUUUUUCUCUCGAUCUUUCCCUGCUUUCUAUCCAUACACCUACUAUUUUGUGACUCAUAAAAGUGCUUCUUUACAAAUCCUUCCAAAUCGUGUGGCAAAGUGUUCACUCAAUCACCAGCCAUGGGAGAGGUUGAGCCAGCUUUCAUUCAAGACCCACAGCAGAGGCCAAAACUCUCCAUCAUCCAAGCCGAAGGAAUACCCAUUAUUGAUCUCUCUCCAAUAACCAACCACACACUUUUAAAUCCAUCUUCCGUUGAAGGCUUAGUGAAGGAGAUAGGAAGUGCAUGCAAGGAGUGGGGCUUCUUCCAAGUAACCAACCAUGGGGUGCCCCUCUCUCUAAGGCAAAGGAUUGAGGAAGCUUCUAGAUUGUUCUUUGCGCAGAGUCUGGAGGAGAAGAGGAAGUACAGAAGAGAUGAGAUAUCUCCAACUGGUUACUAUGAAACAGAACACACCAAAAACGUUAGGGACUGGAAAGAAGUCUUUGAUUUUCAAGCCAAAGACCCCACUUUCAUUCCUCUCACUUCUGAUGAACAUGAUGAUCGACUCACUCACUGGACUAAUCUAUCACCUCAAUACCCUCCACACUUCAGGGAUAUAAUACAAGAGUAUAUUCAAGAGAUGGAAAAGCUGUGCUUUAAGUUGUUGGAGCUUAUAGCUUUGAGCUUAGGCCUCGAAGCAAAGAGGUUUGAAGAAUUUUUCAUGAAAGAUCAAACUAGCUUUAUUAGACUCAACCACUACCCUCCAUGCCCUUACCCUCACCUAGCUCUAGGUGUUGGUAGACACAAGGACCCUGGUGCCUUGACCAUUCUUGCACAAGAUGAGGUUGAAGGACUUGAAGUGAAACGCAAAGCAGAUCAAGAGUGGAUAAGAGUGAAACCCACCCCACAUGCUUAUAUUAUCAACAUUGGUGAUAUUGUUCAGGUUUGGAGCAAUGAUGCAUAUGAGAGUGUGGAACACAGAGUGGUGGUCAACUCUGAGAAAGAAAGGUUUUCCAUUCCAUUCUUCUUCUUCCCUGCACAUGACACCGAGGUCAGGCCUGUGGAGGAGCUGAUAAAUGAGCAAAACCCUUCGAAAUUUAGGCCAUACAAAUGGGGCAAGUUUCUUGUCCACAGAAUGAACAGCAAUUUCAAGAAGCAAAAUGAGGAGAACAUUCAAAUCUAUGAUUAUAAGAUAGCUUAAAGCGUACAAUAGCAUUACGCCAGCACCAUUUAACUUAUGCAAAUAAAUUGGGUAUGAUAUGCAGCACCGUUGAUCCAAGACCACGUUUCUGAUAUGAAUGAGAUUUACUACUAAAUCUCCUAGUGUGCUUUAUGUAUGCAAGUAUCACUGAAUAAAAUAACUAAAUUAAUACCACUUA